CUUUUCUUUGUUUGCACACGGCCUUGCCCAGUUUCGGUAUAUGACAGGAAUGCUACGCGUUACUUAUUCUACAGGGUGGAAACUUUAGGUUGCUAGCACUGGACUACUGCACGACUACAGUUUGUUUAAAGGACCGUCUUGACUAGCUCAAUGUAUAUACCUCGCACGCUGACUCUGAAGAGUGACUCAAACCAGUUUAAAAGUUCCUGUCGGAUUACAGCGAAGUGCGUUCUGUUUUGUUUUGCAGAAUCUUGCAUCAUUGUCUUGGCCAGCAUUUGCUGCCUGUAAGAUAACCGUUCUUGAGAAGGAGGCGAUGAGCUGCCUUGAACUACUACAGCCCCCCUUGUGAAGACGCUUCCAUCGUGCGGUUGAGGAGGAUUUAUUGGAUUUAGACCCAGCAAUAACGAAGGCCAUACGGUGAUGAUCCAUGCUGAGCUUAGCAAUGCAGCAAAGUUCUUCAGUAAACCAGUAGGAGCGGGCUGAGAUUGUUCAUCAGGUGUCACCAGGAUCCAAAGGAGGAGCAAGAUUUCAACUAACAUCUGUACCAGAGUCUGUUGAAAAUUAUCCGGAACAUCGAGGUGCAGGGUGCACAGAAGGAACUGCAUCAUUGUGAACUUGUGCCUGGAGCAAUAAAAAAAGGAAGGAGUUAUUUUUGCAUACAAUCUUCAAUGUUCAAGAAGAGGAAGUAAAAUAACAUUACCUUGUAAAGAUUUAGAAACUAUCCUCUUACCUGUAGUUUAAAGAGGGCCAAGUUACAAUAUUAGCAGAGAAAUGUAAAAGAAUCAAGACCUCUCUUCUAUGCCAUAGAAUCUGAAACUGAAAUAAAAUUUGAAAUCACACAUUUACCAAGUAGUCUGAUCGAGCUGGAAAGAUGAUCGAUCUAAGUCACCUAACGGAGGAGGAGCAGGCGAAAAUCUUGAGGGUGCUGCAGAGAGAUGCAGAGUUGAGAAAAAUGGAAGAAACAAGAAUAUGUCAAUUGCAAAUUAGUAAUGAAAUUCAACGAAAGAAUAUGACUGGUGAGUGGUUUUAUAAAGCGAAGGCAAGGAGGCACAAAGAUACACUACAUGGAGCUGAGCUAAUUGCAGCAUCAAUGCGGAGGAAGAAACCCAAGACUAUCUACGAACGCCUCCAGAUGAAAGAAGCCAAAGAGAACUCCAACAGCUUUUCAAAAAAUGCUGCGGGUGAUAUUUUUAUACCACCUGAGCUUUCUUUAUUCUUAGAAGAGCCUAAAAAUAGUGCAGUGUCACAAAAAGAAAACGCAACUCAGUGGCAGCAACAGAUGGCAAAGAAGAACCCCCCUUCACUGGGAAAGCAAAGAGAAAAUCCAUUCAACAAAUCAUUCUCGUCAACUGAUUAUCCAAAUGAACAAGAGAGACUGCCACUAUCUAUUGGAAAGCAGUCAACAUCUGUGACAUCAAUGCAGGAGAGUUUAUCUCACCCAAAGGAUAAUGUGUCCAGAUUAUAUUUUCCCACAAAUGAACAUUCCCCUGCAGAGAAUAAUUCAGAAACACGACCUGUGCCAAAGCCUAGAACAAUUUCUUCCAAGUUGCAAGUCCCCAGUGACAACCUGAGUGAUGCAUCAGGAUCUAAAAAUUGGAAUGGUUUAUAUAACAAUUCUUCAACUCCCAAAAGCAUAUUGAAACGUAGCCCAAGUUCAAGCUCCAAUGAUUCUGAAAUCUUGCGGAUUGGUGUCCAAGAUUCAAGAAACAAGGUUCCUGCUUCUCAAACCAUUCCAGAAGGAGUUACAGAGUUAAAUGAAGCUAUGGCAAAUGAAGAAUCUCUUGCAAGCAAUAACCUUGAAAAAUUAAAACAAGUUCGAUUCUCAACAAAUGUAGAUGAGAAAAGAAUAUCUCAGAUACAAGAACAUUAUGAUGCCAAUGAACUUUCCAAAAUAGGUGAAGAUAGUAUCCUAGACACUGAUUACAUGGAAGAAAUGGAUGAAGAGGAUACAGCUGGUGUGGACAUUAUGGAGGAAAAUGAAACUCUACCAGAAGAUAGUGGGUUUUCUGAUUUACGUCAUCUACCACUUGAGUUACAAACAGACUUCAUGCAUCUGAAUCAAGAGGUUAAUUCUAUGUCAAACACAGACUUCCAAUCCAUCCAAGCAACAGAUUCAAAUCCACAGAAUUAUUCAGAUAGUUACUUACCACAUUCAAGUUCUAGUAAGCUAACAAACCAAAUCCAUGAACUGGACACAGGUGAGAUGCCAAUGGAAAAGAAAUCUAGUCGAAGAUCGAAUUCUCCAUCAAAUUCCUCUUAUUACAGUAUUGAUGAGCAGAUUCCUCACACCGAUUUUGCGUCCUCCUGGGUGUCUGAUCAGCAGCUUCCAGAAAUAAUCGAAGGUAAGAGGGUUAAUUUUGCAGAGCCUCCCACCAAGACUGCACCAACAGAACAACGACUUAAAGCUCAUUAUUCAAAGUCUCAUGUGCCUGAAAAAUAUACCAGUGAACGUACAAAGGCAACUGAUGAAUCUAUAUCAAAGGUGUUGGAUUGGUUUACCAGGAGUGAAGAACCACCAUCUGUAACACUUGAGGAAGAGAAAAGUCCAUCUGAAACAAUGGUAGUAAACGAACUUAAACCUUUAAAGACUGUACUUCCUGAGCCAGGUGCAGAGUUUACACAUAAUGAAUCAACUUUGUUUACAGAAGAACCCCAAUUGUUGCUAAAUGUAAAUCUUGAAACUGAGAAGAAAGAAGAAAAUGAUAUUCAGUUACAAAAAGUUCAGACUCCCAUAAAAAGGAACAUUUUUGAUAAAUCUGCAAUCCAGGAAUCGGUGCUUUUGGAGGAGAAAAGUCAAACUGGAACAAAAGUUGUUCCUGACAUUUCUUAUCCAGUACCUCCAAUUUUGAACCACCAUUCCAGUGAUAAACAGCAGUUCUUAAACGACAAGCAAAAUGAAGAAUCAGAACAAGAACCAUUGACUUUAAAACCCUUCACAGAGGAAAGGAGAGUUGUCACAAAAGAAAUUACAGGUAAAGAAUCUGAAAACACUGAAUCACCGUCACAGGAUAUUGACAUUUUACCUGGUGCAACUAUUGAAAAUAGUCCACAACAGUCCAAAUCAAGUUUGGAGAAAACAAACUUUACCACAGAAGAAACUAAAACUCUGGCAACAAUUGGAAACAAAGAUGAAAAGGUUAUACCUUCCACUGUUGAAUUAUCUUUACCAAAAGACAAGACUUCUUACCAGAAAAAUGCUUUUGCAAGUGCAGUGUUUGGAAGGUCAUUCAUGAAAGAGAAUGUGACUGAUUUGUGUUCAAUUGAUCACGGACUAGCACCAUUAGAAAACAAAAGAAAUAAUCCCAUUGAAGCUAAACCCUCUACAUUUCUCAGCAAUGAAGUUGACAAGUUGGAUCAGAACAAAACAAAGAAAGAACAAAUUAAUGUUGAAUUGAACCAACAGAAUUUAAGUGGAAAUAAAAAAGAACAAAGAGCUGCCAUAGGUGAGGGAAAAGUAUUACAAAGACAAAGGCAAGUUGAAAAUAAACCUGUGAUUGGGGAAGUUCCAGCAGAAAACAUGGCUUUUAGCAAAAUUGAAACGUCGAAGCCAUCCAGCAAACAGGACAAGCAAUACAGCAAUACUUCACAGUGGAGUAGAAAUGUUGAUGUACCAGAGGUGGAGCAAAAGUCAAGUGAAGAAGAAAAUAAAACUAAGAUGAACCUCCAUUUGGAGGCAAAUAAUACAAAUACAACUCCUAAAGGAGGCAAACCUUUCACUAUAAUUUCAAUCAAGAAAAGAAUAUAUGACACAUCAGAUAGUUCUUUAAGUAACACACAUUUCACAGACUUAAAAGAAUUUUGGGACAAGGGAGUUAAUAGUUAUAAUAGUGACGGUGGUCAGUCAACAUUGACUAAAACACCGAAUAACAAACAUCAGAAUGCACAAAUGGCAAGAAGAACUGAGGCAGGUUUUCCACUAGAGCCACAGCCUCUGAGAACACUGAACUCUGAACAUAAUCAGAAAAUUACUGAACCUUCUAACUUUGAAAUUCCUCAUGAACCUACAGAAAAAGAAUGCACAAAUCCUCAGAGCAAUAGUGGGCCAACUGUUAAAGAAAUAAUGCUAAAACUUCAACAAAAUCAAACUGAAGGAGUAAAGAAACAACUAAACACCAAAUAUCUCCCCAAGGUACUUCCCACAGUACCCAAAGAAGUUCAAGGCAAACUUAAAAAAACACCCACCUCCCCAAUUGAAGAUGGGCUUUCCCCUACUUCUAGUAUACCUCAGGAUCAUUUCUCUGAGGUAGGGGAAGAAAGUAACAUUUAUCAACCAAAACCAAAUAUUGGAUUGCAAAAACCACUUCUGAAAAAGGAUGAAAGUGAAGUAUUAACUGAUAUAGAACUGAAUGAAGUUGAAGGAAUUAUCCCAACGAAGGAUCACUCCUUCAUGCUCAGGGAUGACAAAUCAGUUGAUGGACAAGACAUUUCUAAUCUAAUCAAGAAUAAUGAUGAGGAAACUAUUCCUGGAAAAGGAGGGGACAACAGAAUCCAGAUCACUCAAAAAUCAUUUGGUCUAUCUUACCAGGAUCAAAAAUUACCAAUGAGACAAACUUCUGAUGCUGUGAGUAAUAAUGAAGAAAAUCUUACUUUGUUUGCAGGAGGUUCCAGGGUCGCAGAGAAAAAUGUCAUCUCUCAGGAGAAACUUAAUAAUUUUGACUUGCCAUAUAGCGCAAUCCAAUCAAAUCCAAACACUGAUGUAUCUUUCCAAGAGCAAAUAUCGCCUAUUAAGAGUGAUGAAGGCCCUAUGUAUAAUGAAGGCUCAGAAAUAAACUUGGAUGAAAAUAAGGAAGGUUUUGAAUCACAAGAUGAAUUUGGGCCUAGGUUGAAUCUUCCAUCUGGAAUUACUAGAUCAAGCACCUUCAAGAAAAGUGAUGGCGAUUCAGAUGAAUUACCCAUUGACAUCCUCAGAUCCAAAAAUCCUCAUGAUGUUGAGCAGGAAGCUAACAAUAUGUUUUCAAGUCAUUCAGUGGAAAAUAACCAGUUGAAUGUGCAAACCAGAGGUUCACUCAGUGACGACGAAAUAACUCAUGUGGUUAGGAGAAGAAAUCCACAAACUAAGGACACUUACAAAAGUCUGGAAGAUCUCAAUUCCAUUGACUCAAUGCCAAGUACAUUGGAUUCGAAGAACAAAGAAGUUGUCCUCAGUGCUGAUGAUGUUUCCAACAUUCCAGUUUCUCCAGAGAACACACCUUUGCAUUUAAAAAAGUUGAAGAGGUUGAGCCAGUCAGUACCUGCACUUGCUGAGAAUGGUGAUACAGACUCCAUGUCGGAAAGGAGCUACCAGAUGAACAAGCAUGGAACAAUCACAGGCUCUCUAACAAACAUUAGCAGCUCACCUGGCAUGACAUCCAGAUCCUCUGUUAGUGGAAGUAUAAUGAGCAUCUAUAGCAAUGAAUUUGGAAAUAUUGAUGUCAGAGGGAAAAUUCAGUUUUCAUUGGAUUACGUAGACAAGUUGAAGGAAUUCCAUAUAUUUGUUGUACGUUGUUCAGACCUGGCUGCUGCUGAUGAGAAGAAAAAUCGAUCUGAUCCAUAUGUGAAAAGCUACCUGCUUCCAGAUAAAGUUAAAUUGGGAAAGAAGAAAACAACAGUGAAGAAGAAAACUUUGAGUCCAGUCUACAACGAAAUACUACGAUAUAAAGUUGAAAAGAAUGUCCUGCUGGCUCAAACUCUGAACCUUUCUGUGUGGCAUAAUGACACAUUUGGAAGAAAUAAUUUUCUGGGUGAAGUAGACAUAGAACUGGAAAAGUGGGAUUGGAGUAACAAGCAAAUGGAAUGGUACAACCUGAAACCAAGGACAAUUACAUCUUAUACAAGUGAUAACAAAGGUACCCUAAGAGUGGCUUUCCGUUAUAUUCCACAGGGACACAAAGGGAAAAAAACAGGUGAAGUUCAGAUUUGGGUGAAGGAAGCCACUAAUUUACCGCAAAUUAGGGCACAUCGUUUGGAUCCAUUUGUAAAAUGUUUCAUUCUUCCAGACACGACCAGGAAAAGCCGACAGAAGACUCGGGUUGUAAAGAAAAGCAGAAAUCCCAAUUUCAAUCACACUAUGGUUUAUGAUGGUUUUGAGCCUGAAGACCUCAAAGAUGCAUGUGUUGAACUUUCAGUCUGGGACCAUGAUAAACUGGUGAAUCAUUUCCUUGGAGGAAUAAGGAUUGGCCUUGGCACAGGUAAAAGCUAUGGAUUGGCAGUAGACUGGAUGGAUUCCACAGAAGAGGAAAAACAAGUUUGGAAUAAAAUGAUCACUCAUCCAAAUAUAUGGGUAGAGAAUGUGCUUCCUUUGAGAAUGCUAAUGCUCAGCAAAAGCACCACAAACUGAACUCAAGUACUAAAUACAAAUUUUACAAAUCUGGGAGAGGUCUUUCUACAAACCAGUAUCACAAAAUAUUUUUGUGGCUGAACACCAGAUGUGAUAAUAUGGGGAAAAUGUUUUCAAUGAUAACUUGCAUUGGACUGAAAAUCCUAUGUUCACUUAAAAUGUAAGAAAAGUUAAAGCUACAUGUUGCUAUAUUAAAAUACAUUUUACAAAGCUGAAGUAUUAUAAUUCAGUGCCAUUAACAUUUAAAUGAUUACAAUAAACUUAUUUCGUUCCAAUGUUGGUUCAUUAUUGAUAUUGCAAUAUUUUAGCUUGUAAAAACCUAUCAUUAUUUUGUUUAUAAACUGUAUGAAGAUGAGUUCCAAUAUAAUGGAAAUUGUGCAAUUAAUUUGUUCAUUUUGUAGCACUUAAAACAGUGAGUACAAUGUGUGCCUGUCACUUUAUAUGUCUGUUUAUCACUGCUAACCAAAGAUUAACUUCCACCCAAAUGCCUUUCUAAUAGGUGAGUUUUUUUUUCAAAGUUGGGCAAAUGUCAAUGACAAAUAAAAGAUUUUAAAUAUUUUUGCUCAUGUAUGGUUGGCACUGUAACACUACAGACAAGCAUAUUCAUAAUAAAGACUCAAGCUACCAA